CUCUACAAUUGGAUCAAAAUUAUUAUUUUUGGAAGAAAUCAAAUAAUAUGUAAUGUCUUUGUUAAAGACUCAAUACGUAAAUGACAACGAUACAAAUUUAGAAGAAAAUAAAUAUCGGGAUGACCAUGACAAAUUAGACGAUUGUUACCGCAGACCAAAUGCACACUCGUCAGACGAAAAUUAUGACAUCGGGAAUGGCAUCCGUGAUUUUCAUCUGAGAGAUACCAUAAUGCCGGAGAAGUUAUUCAAAGUAAUCAUUAUWGGAGACCCGACUGUAGGCAAGACUGCGUUUGUCAAACGAUAUGUACAAAAAUCAUACAGCAGAGAAUACAAGGGUACCGUUGGUGUUGAUUUCGCUUUAAAAAUUAUCAAAGUUUCCGAAACGGAAACUAUUAAAUUACAACUAUGGGAUAUAGCAGGUCAAGAGAGGUUUACGUGGAUGACCCGCGUAUACUAUAAAGACGCACAUGGAUGUGUGAUUAUGUUUGAUUUGUCAAAUAAGAAUUCGUUUUUAAACACCCUCAAGUGGAAAAAAGACGUGGAUGCAAAAUGCACUCAAUUAGACGGUGGCCCCAUACCUUGCAUGUUGUUGGGAAAUAAAUGUGAUUUGCCCCAACGCCAAAUUGACCAAUUGGAUAUCGAGGCGUUCUAUAAAGAGAACAAUUUUAUCGGCUGGACAGAGACUUCUGCUAAAGACGGGUUGAUGGUUAACGAUUCCAUGCAGUUUUUAAUAAACUCGAUGAUGGGACAAUACAACGAUGAAACCGACCAAACAGAACUCGUAAAACUCUCCGGCCCUAAUGCGGAAAACAAGAAAUCGUGUUCAUUUUGUUAACCAACGAUCAAUAUGUCUUAAACGUUUAAGUCCGUGUUUAUAAUGUUUCGUCUGUAUUGUUCUUGUAUAUUCGUUGAUAUCAACGAGUUAUUUAAAUAUAAUAUUGUCGUUGAAACUUUA